CCCACCUCUGGAAUUUGGACUUGAUUUUUUUCCACAUUUUUAACAAAUAACGACUAAGUCAUGAUUAUUUACCUAUUGCGGUAUUGACUUAUUCACAAUGUUUCUGUUGCCUUAUUUUUUUUUACGGCAUCGCUCAUUCUACCUGUGACAACUCCUACUUUUUCUAUAUUUUCGUCAAUUAGCUAUUAGGCUAACAUCUCUUUUUCGCUCCCUCAGACAGAUCCGGGACACGGUAAACUGGAUCUUCUGUGAGCAGAUGUCGGUAGUGUACAUCAGCGUGUUCAGGGACACCUUCUGGCCCAACGGGAGGUUAGCCCCGCACGUCAAGGUCCGAACUGACACAGAGCGCAGUGAAACCAAGGAGCGUGCUCAACAGAAACUACUUGACAAUAUCCCAGAUGCACUAACAAAUUUAGUUGGCCAGCAGAAUGCCCGCUAUGGAAUCAUCAAGAUCUUCAACGCCCUGCAGGAGGCUAAUGCUAACAAACAUCUUCUAUAUGUGUUGAUGGAAAUGUUACUGAAGGAAGUAUGCCCUGAACUCAGCGCCGAGGUGGACAACAUGUGAACAGAAACACUCACUAACCACAAACUGAGGAUCUUUUAGGCCUUUCUGUAGCUGACCAAUCACUAACUGCCGCGGCAGGCACGACAUAGAGACGCCCGACCUCCGACAGGAAGCAGCAGCAGCGUCGCUCAGAACUGACACACUGUUGGUGACUUUGCUGUGAAAUGAAGAAAAGGACUGGAAGAGGUUUGACUUUGUUGUGGUGCAGAUCUCAACUCGUCCUUUAGGCAGCCAGAUCACAUGUGUACCUGAAAGUCCACAUUCUCACAAGAUCAAAUUGUAAAUAUAUUUUUUUUCAAUAGCACUGAAACAUCAGGUCUGUACCACAACAAAAAAUGUUUUCCUGUGUUAAUCAUGGCGGUCUAUAGAUUACGAGACAGAG